UCACUAGGUUUGCUCGGAGCGACUCCGAGCAGCUCCCAAGAGACAAAACGAACAAAGCUUAUGUGUACCAUGUUAGUUAUUACUUGUAUUCAGUUUAGAAAAUGAAGAGAGUUUCUCAAUAGUUUGUGGUUUUUAUAAUAGAAUGUGUUCUUUUCAAAAUAUGUCAGAGGUACCAAAAAUACUCGUAGGUGUACAAGACUCAAUUAAUGACAGUAAUCCACGUGUCAUAAAAGAUGUUAAGCCGCGAAAAUUGGCUUGUGACUUGAGAUGUCCUUAUUAUGAGACGUGCGCCAUUUAUGGUUUGAAUGUUGAAAGAGUGUUUCAAGACGUGUGUCAAAAAAUUAUACAAAACUCAUCUACAAAACAUUUCCCCUGCGACAUACCUCAGCACAGUACGGAGAGCAAUAUUAAAUUUCCGGUACCCGUUAUUACUAAGACCGCGCAUCUUCACAAUAAGGAGAUGGAGAGCACGAAUUCGUUGAAAGCGAACACCUCGGAAAAAGAUGAAGACUGUCGAUCUAUACACAACAGUUCCAUGCCGAACGAUUCGGGACUGCUGAACGACAAUUUCCAUAAUAUGCAGAAUCAGCACGGAGAACUGCGAACAUCAAUUUUGACUCCAACCACCAUUCGGAAAUUUCGAAGAAAAUCGAAUAUACUCGCACCUUCCAAGGAGAAAUAUAUGGGCGAGAUGGGCAUUGGUAGGGAAAUACCGGUCAAGCAAGGCUACCUAUUUAAACGAAGCAGCAAAUCCCUGAAGGAGUGGAAGAAGAAAUACGUCACGUUAUUAGAAGACGGCCGUUUGACUUAUCACUCGAGCUUGCAUGAUUACAUGAACGAUGCCAACGGCAAGGAGAUACUCUUCCAAUACGUCACGGUGAAGGUACCUGGCAAGACACCGAAAGGCUCUAAGUCAUAUAGUGCUCAAAGUAAUCAUCUGUUGUUGAUUUUGGUGAUUUUCUAAGUUUGUUCUAGAUUUGUUCGUUAUAUAUAUUCACAUGGAUAUCAACAAAGAGGUAUAACAGAAAAGAAACUUACAGAGAACAAAAGAAAGAUAAUUGGUGGGAUGGUUGAAGAGCAAGUCAGGAAUGGCGUAAAAAAUCGAAGACUUUUAACGUCACUAAAAUGUAAUGUA